GAGCCGGCUGGCCUGCCCGCAGCUCUGCCCCUGCCCGGUUAUAUGGGCGGCCGCGGAGGUGGGGCUGAGCUCUUCCCCCCUCCGUCAGCGACAUCCCAAGGUACGGGACAGCCGGCGCUCGGGGUAGCGAGUAACGGGAUCGGCUUCCACUCUUCCAAGAUGGGCAGGAAGCUGGACCUCUCCAAGCUCACCGAUGAAGAAGCCAAGCAUGUUUGGGAAGUCGUGCAGCGGGACUUUGAUUUGCGGAAAAAAGAGGAGGAACGGCUGGAGGAGCUGAAAUGCAAGAUCGACCAGGAGAGCAGCAAGAGAGAGUUCCUGACCAAUCAGUCCCACCUCAAUGAAACUCACUGUGUGCACUGCCUGCAGCCCUUCAAGUUCCUGCUGAACAGCAAAAGGCAGUGCCUGGACUGCCACUUCUACACCUGCAAGAACUGCAGCCGCUACAACAAGAAGGAGCAGGGCUGGGUCUGUGAUCCCUGCCGCCUGUCCAGGAUUGUGAAGAUCGGCUCCCUGGAGUGGUACUACCAACACGUGCGCUCCCGCUUCAAGAGGUUUGGAAGUGCCAAAGUGCUGCAGUCCCUCUAUGGCAGGCUGCAGCCAGGCCAGGGGCUCAACUCUGCCUUUCUGGGUCUUCAUGACAGAGUUUAUAGCCUGCCAGACAUUAACAGAGAGUGCCAGCUGCUCACCAGCUGUGAGGCAGGGGAUGACAGUGACGAGGAGGACAAUGUCCUUCGUGGAGCUGAAGCAGAGCGCUACAGCCGAAUGUGCAAGACAAAGCGGCUGCUGUCUGUGCAUCCCUUUGAUUUUGAGCUGGACUCGGAUUACUCUGCUCAGUCUCGCCGCCAGUCUCUGCAGCUCUCUCCAGCAGCCAGCAGCCCGGAUGCUUUCCAGUCCUUCCCAGAUUUCCCCAGCACAGCUGAAGAUGGCUCCCAGGAAUCCAGGAUCACGGAUGCAGACCUGGUGUUCCACCAUGUCCUGCAGGAGCCAGGGGUGAGCACUCCAGAGCAGCACUUCAGCACAGAGGUUCGACUCACCCUCAACACACGCAGGAGGAGCCUGGAAAGGAGCCCAAAUCCUGGCAUCCCCUGGAGCGAGCCACCCCGGGCCCGGUACUCAGCAGACAUGGACACCUCUGAUGAGGAUGUGAAGGGAGCCCAGCUCCCAACCUACCCACCCCACCAGAAACGCAGGAGCAGAGCCUCCUCCCAGGAGAACAUCAGCCGCUCCUCAAACCAGUCUCCAGCCCCAGAGUCCCACAGUGAUCCUGAUGCUGAGGAAGAGGUGUUGAAGAGGAAGCUGGAGGAGCUGGCCAGCAACAUCAGUGAUAAAGAAGUCUCUACUGACGAGGAGGAGCGUGGAGAAGAGAAGGGAGGAAAGAAACCAGAGAUGAAUUCCUCCAGAGAUGUAAGAAAGAGGUCCUCGGCUCAGGCUUUGAGUGAGAUCACGGCCAAAGUGCUGAGAGCCAUAAACGCCACGGAGGAAGCAGUGUGGGAGUCCUUGCAUGGAGAGAGCCAGGGCUGUGCCCUCCCUGCAGGGCAGCUUCCAGACCUGGCAGAUGGCAGAGAGGUGGCCAAAGUGUACCGGGAGCUGGAGGAAAAUGUGUACCUGACUGCUGGGAAGACCUACCAGCUUGAGAAGACCCUGAAGGAGCUUGAGGAAGGGACUCAGCACAGCGGCACCACCGACUCAGAGCUGUCAGAGCUGGAGGACAGAGUGGCCUCAGCAGCUGCUCAGGUGCAGCAGGCAGAGAGUGAGAUUUCGGAUAUUGAAUCCCGAAUUGCAGCUCUGUCUGCUGCAGGGCUGACAGUGAAGUCUGUGGAAAAGGCAAAGAAGAAGUCGAGUGUGCAGGCUGCCCAUUCUCCUGGUCCUGCCAGCAGCAGUCCUGGGGAGUCUUUGGAUGACAUUAAAGUAAUGCCCGGACUGCAGAGGUUCAGGAGGAAGUUCAACAGCCCCCUGGAAAUCACCAGUUUUGACGACUCCUUUGAGCGGAAUUCCGUGUACCGCGGCUCGCUGACGCAGAGGAACCCCAACGGCAAGAACAGGAGGGUGGAGCGGCUCUUUGCGAAGCCUGUGAUGACCCACCUGUCCUGAGGAGAGGGGACCUUCCUGCUACCGCAUUUCAGUGAAGAUGCAAGAUCUCAGCAAAGCAAAGCCUCUCACAGCCUUCCCUGCAGCACAUUCUCCUCCUUCUCCUGAGCCCCUCUCUCCCUGAAACCCUGGGCAGAAAGGAAGCCAGAGGCCAUGGGCAGGAGGCCUUGCUGGGAGUUGAUGGGAAGAGGAGCAAAGCCUGGGGGUGUAGACAUGUGGCUAGGGGCUCUCAUGGGAGAAUGAGACCUUGGAUUGGGGCAGCUCUUUGGUACCGGGUCAGCCAGGGGGACCAGGGAAGUGCAGAGCAGGAGUGACUUCCUUGGAGGGAGCUGGAUGUGUCAGUGUGACAUCCAGCACAGGGACAGGGGCAGGGACACAGCCCUCACUUGGCAAAAGCUGUCACUGCCUGUCCCUGCUCUCUGCUGCUGAGCAGGGACAGGAGCUGACAGUGAGUGUGGAAUGCCCUUGGGGUACCUCAGACAGAAGAGGGACCCAAGCAUCCCAGUGCUGGGAUUCACGUCCUGAUGCUGGUCCCAGUUCCCUGCCACAUCCUGUGGAGCUUUGCUUCCCUUCCCUGAGCAGCAAAGCAGGAUGAGAGCAGUGCUGGUCCCCUCCCAGAGAGCAGCUCUUUGCCCCAAGCCAUGCAAACACCCACUGAGGCUUUGCCACCGUGCCUGAAGCAGCUGUGGCCACCUGGGGAUGGGAGUGAGGUGAGGCCUGAGGAAAGCAGUGCCAGGAAAAGUGGGACGAAAAGCUGGAGGGCUUGUUUGGGAUUGGUUUGCUUUUCCAACUCUUUAAGAUCUCUCCACUCCAUGUGAGGCUGUAUCAGCAAGCAGCAAGCAGAGUGUAGGUGCUCCUCUGCUCCACAGAGGGGUCAGCCCCUGCCAAGAUGCACUUGGUGGAUGAGCAUGUCCCCUGUCCCUGGUGAUGAUGGCAUUGUAGAGCCUCUUAGGACCAUCCCAUCCUUUGGGGGGCUGUGAUGACCUUUGGGGGCUGCAGCAGCCCUGGGCCCCUGGUGUCACCCUCCCCUAGCUCCCCCCAAAAAUUUAUUUUCCUUCAAUAUUCAACUCCCACAUCCACUAGGCCCAGUGGAUCAGUGCUGGCUCCAUAUCGAUGACCAGAGCAUCAGGAUGGGCAGAGGGUUGCUUUUUCUUGCAGGUCACUUUGGAAGAGGUUUUUUGCUCAGUCCCUGUCCUGUUCACCCCCCACUUUCCUCCCUCCUUCCUUCCCUCCUUCUCUGGUGGGCGAAGUGGGGAGGAACUCACAGCUGGAGCAGGGAGUCAGACCAAUGCUCAAUCCCCUCCAUGGCCACCCAGGCUGGAUCAUUUUAGGCAAUUCCUGUGCAUCUGAGCUAAAACCACUUUAAUCACGAGCAGUAGGGUGAAUUCUCAUGCAAGUAACACAUUUGUUUGGCUUUGGUAGUAGUAGAGGCUGCUAACUGCCUAGGAAUUGGUCCUGUGGUCAUUCCAGAGAAUAUUGUAAGUCCAUAGUCUGGCCUUUCCAGCUGGAAACAAAUCCAUUUUUUAAAUUUGAAAUGAAAUCCUUCUGGCCUGAAGCUCAGAAGGGUAAGUGCAAACCUCUGCUGUCACAGAAGCUCUCCAGACACUGCAGCUUCACCAGAUCCAGCUCGUGGCUGUGCUGGGAUGGCAGCUCCUUGGCUGGAAGAAGGGAGCUCCACCAAGAUCAUCCAAAGGGUUUGCACCCACCCUUCUGGCAUCAGGGUUCAGCCCUCACCCCAUCUCUUGCUUGUCUGGUUCCAGCCCUGACUCCAGUCCUUCCAUGCCUGACCCUGUGGAGGAAUCCUCACAGGGAACCUCAGCAGUGCAGACCAAGGAGUUGCUCAGUAGUUGCUCAGUAGACCAAGCAGUUGCUCUUUGCUGGUUUCCUGACCCAUUUGCCUGUGUAGAGAUUAUAAUAAAUGUACACUAAAUCAUGCAAUAAAGCCAAUUUUGUGUCCAGAACCACC